UGGUCCAGUGUGCAACCUCGCUCAGGUGCCUUCACGGGGAAACCUUCCAGGCACGCACGAUUGCUGCCUCCCGCAGUAUAAAACGUGCCCCAAAAGGAGACAAUCUGCACACUGUGCGAGAGAAGCCACCCUAAAAUGAAGGCUUUGCUUGUCCUCCUGGUGAUAGCAGCCCUGUGCAUGGACUCAGGUUCUUCUUUGAAAUGUUACAGCUGCACGGCACAGGUCAGCAACUCCAACUGUAAGAUGCCUGUGGAAUGUAAGGAUUCGGAAACGUGCAAGACAGACGUGAUCGGAGUCGUAGGGCUCUUCAGCGUCAUCAGUAAGGGCUGUGCUUUGUCAUGUGCACCAUCUUACCAAGACUUCACCGUGGGGAACAGGAAUGUCUCCUGCUGCAGCAAUGACCUCUGCAACGUCAAUGCAGCAGACGGUGUGAGGUGCAGCUAUGGGAUGGCAGCAGUGAUAUCAGCCAGCAUGCUCUGCACCUUCCUGAACAGCAGACUGUGAGAAGCAGAGGAGACUCCCAGGGCCAUAGAAAGCCUUGGAGCACUGCUGUCACAGCAGAAAUUGUAGCGUGGAGCAAUUUGUUGCCCUGGGCACACAGCAUACUUGGAGCUGAUGGCAGAUCUUUGCCUUAUGAUAGCUUCUUCGUGACUGUUAUUUUAUUUCUGUACUGCUGCUAAAUAAGAGUGUGUGUGUGUGUGUUUACUGAAUAAAACCGAAUACAUUUAUGUCCGAA